AUGGCGGCCGCGCUCAGUGCGACUGAGGACUCCUGGUAUAUCUAUGGGGCUGUGGGUAAGAUCUGACCGGGGACAGAUGACAGCCUGCUGGGGGGUAUGUUUGCCUCCACCCGAGUGGAACGGCGGACACGACAACACAGGUGCCCGGAGAGCCGAGACAGGUGUGUCGGAACGCGGGAAGUUAAAAACACAUCCCCGGUCAGAUUUUACCCCAGACCGCCACACAAACACUCCACACACCUUCCCACACACCUUACUCACCUGUGUGAUGCUGAGUACUGCAGGCAUGAAGCGCCACCUGCUGAUCAGCCCGGCAUAACAGGUGCUCUGACGUCAUUUCUUAGGAUCAAAGUUCAAUCACUCAAGAUGGCGGAUGUUCCCGAAAAUGCGCCUGAUCACUGCCCCGGCACACAGAGUGAGGAUGCUGGGAAGACGUCAGCCUGCCAGGGUUGUCCUAACCAGGCUGUCUGUGCCAGUGGCAUGCCCAAAGCUCCAGACCCAGCUGUUGAGGAAAUCCGUGAGCGACUUUCCUCAGUGAAGCACAAGCUGCUGGUCCUGUCUGGGAAGGGUGGAGUGGGGAAGAGCACGGUCACAGCACAGCUGGCCUUCGGACUGGCCAGGCAUGAGGACACACAGGUUGGAGUACUGGAUGUGGACAUUUGUGGGCCAUCUAUUCCCAGGGUAAUGGGACUGGAGGGGGAGCAGGUGCACCAGAGCGGGUCCGGCUGGUCACCUGUGUAUGUAGAAGACAACCUGGGUGUGAUGUCUGUAGGCUUCCUCCUGGCCUCACCUGACGAUGCUGUCAUCUGGAGGGGACCCAAGAAAAAUGGGCUGAUAAAACAGUUCCUGAGGGAUGUAGACUGGGGGGAGUUGGACUACCUGGUGAUAGACACCCCCCCUGGUACAUCAGAUGAACACCUGUCUAUUGUCCAGUACCUGAGUUCAGCAGGUAUCGAUGGAGCUGUCCUGGUCACAACACCACAGGAGGUGUCUCUGCUGGACGUGCGGAAGGAGAUCAACUUCUGUAAGAAGGUCCAGCUCCCUGUGGUGGGUGUGGUGGAGAACAUGAGCGGAUUCGUUUGCCCCAGCUGUCAGAACGAGUCCCAGAUCUUCCCCCCUACCACAGGAGGUGCUGAGAAGAUGUCAGUUGACAUGGGGGUGCCUUUCCUGGGCAGGCUGCCACUGGACCCCAGAAUAGGAAAGUGUUGUGAUGAAGGAAAGUCCUUCUUGUCUGUAGAGCCUGACUCUCCUGCAGCAAAGGCAUACAAGGAAGUCAUACAGAGAGUAGAGGAGUUCUGUUCAUCACACAGCAACAAGGGUAACAUCCUGAAUCCAGUGGAGUAGCAGUGAACAAGUCAACAACCAAUGUGCAAAAUAGGAGCUCCAUCUGCUAUGGGGUCUGCCUCAUCUGUUGAUAGAUGUAUUUCGUUGUAUCAGUAAACCCAUCAUUACCUUUUGGCAAGACGUGAUAAAAACACAGCCAAAUAAUUUGUAUGACAAUAAAGUCAGAAUCUAUUAAACUGUAC